GUUCACAAAGCCAUGUCGUAAACAGUCAGCCUCCGGCAACGUGUGCGUUUUGCAUCUCUGGCCCUUCCCUACGCCUCAGAAGUAUUGUCAGCGGAAAUGGCAGCGGAGCAUAUCACACCAAGUCGUCGCCUCCCUCCGCACAGCACUGCGUGUGACUGAUCCAGUGAAGCGGGCUGCCACUGACAUUUCAGCUGAGCGCAAUGGCAUUGCCAAACCCCAUCCGCCUGGUGCUUUCCUGCAUUUUCACUGGAAGCACUUGGCUUGUCCUGAUAAACUUUGCAGAUUGCCAAAACAUCUCCCAAAAGCCUCGAUACCUUAGUGUGAAGUCUGGGAGAACAGUCGAAAUCUACUGUGUUGGGCUAAACGCGUCGGAUUGGUACUGGAGCCCAAGUUAUGAGUCUGAGCAGAUGAAAAAAAUUUCUCAAAGUAGUCACUUCAUGAUAGAUUUGGCCAGACCUAAUAGAAAUGCUUCAGUUUCAAUCCACAAAGUGACACCUGAAGAUUCAGGAAUUUACUACUGCGAGUGGAACAAAAUCAAAGGGCCUGGGACAGAGCUGAAGGUAGUCAGACAUAUAAGACCCAAGGACGCAAUGAAAAGAAGCAAUAUGAAAGAUUCCAUGAUUAUCAUCCAGGGUUUGCUGCUCGUGUUGUGUGCUGCUGUACCAGUGCUGCUUUACUUCUACAAAGGUAAAAAUGAGGACGGUAUUUACGAAGAACCUCAAGAUGACCAUUUGUAUGAGGGAUUGACAGUUGAGCACUGUGACCUGUAUGAAGACAUCCCCGCUUACAGCCAACCAGCAGAGGCCGAGUGGGAGAGCCCUGAAUCCCCAUGUGAAGAAUGAGGGGCUGAAUUGGCAGCAACCUACCUAAGGUAUGGAAAAAUUAUGAAAUUCAAUAAACAAGCUUUGGAAGGUCACAGAAAACUGUAUGCAUGCAUGCAUGAAUGCAGGGCAUCAAAAUAUUCACCAACAAUUACUAGUUAUUCCAAUAUCUUGUAAAGAAAAUUGUGUGUAUUUGGAGGCCUGUAUAUUCUGUAUAUUAGAACUUACAGGUACCCGUCAACUUGCGUUUGUAUUUGGAACUGAGACCACCAGCAGUAAGGCAAUUUGCGCAUAUCUCAAUAGUUAUAAGGAACAGGCAAGACAUUAAGUACAGUACUGUUAUGUACACACUUUAUGUACUUUACGGUAAAUAAUAAUGUAAAUAUAAAACCACAACACUUCAUAAUAAAAGAGAUUGUGCUUAAAUUUAAGGCAAGAAAUCAAACAAGAGUUUUUGCAUUUUUAGUUUUCUCAUAGCAGUCACCGAUUUUUAUAAAAUAGAGUUUUCCCUU